UGAGAUGUCGUCAGUGUGGCUGAGGCCGUCGUAGUGAGUGGGUCUGUUGCGCGAGUGAACCUUGAGCCUCCUGACUGACUUUGGGAUCUGCUACCUGUUAUGAGCGAAUGACGCGUGUCUUUUGCGGUUGAAAGGACGGAGUAAACAAGAUCUUUGGCGCAAACGGGAUUUUCUGACAGAAUCAAGAUUGCAUCGCGUGGUGGCCAUUAAGAGAUAAUCAUCGAGGUCGACGGAGAUCUCAAGGCGUCGCGGGCCCUUCGAGGAGGACCUCCUGAUCGCUUUCUUGGAAGAUGUUGCUGUGGAAGAUCUACGACACGAUGUGAAGCGACGCGCCAGGGAAAUGUUUCCGGUGGAGGUGCGCGAGUUGCCUUUUGCUGCCGCUAUGCCGGGCUCUCCCCAGGAAGACUCUUCGCUUUAAUCUCAGUGUGAAUCUGUUGGCUGGAAGUGAUGCUUAGUGAUGCGAUGUCACGCGAGGAGCGCGCCGCGUCUCACGUGAUCACUAGCUGGGUCGUACCGACGUUCGCGACGAUGCUGGGCAAGUAUCUGCUGGUCGUGAGCCUCACCUGCUGCUCCGCCGGCGCGGCCGCGGACGAGGGCGGGGCGCUCGGCUUCGCGCCCAUCAGGUUCAUCGACAACCAGAGCGGCGACCCGAUCCACGCCCACGGGAGCUCCAAGGCCGACGUCACCGCCGUCAGCAACACGAAGGACCUCCUCUACGGGCCCUACAAGCUGUUCACUGACCUCGGCAGCGGCGGCUGGCCGGAGCAGCCGGGCGGCGGCAACGCCACCGCCGCCUCCGCCGCCGGGGCGGGCGCCCGUCGCAGGCACGACCGCAAGCACCGGCCGGGGAGCUCCGGCGGCCGCAGGAGGGGCGGCAGCUGGCACCGCAAGCAGCGGCGGAAGAAGGAGCGGCAGGCGGCGUCGGCCCCGGGCGCCGCGGCGGGGGGGAGGGGCAAGUGGGGGCGGAACUGGAAGCCCAAAGACAGAUUUUUCAACAGGACUCGGAAACUCAACAACGGAAGACUCAACAAGAAGAACCUGAAGAACGACUGGAAGCGGAGACACGGCAACAGGCACAACAACAGACACAACACGACCCCCACUAGGUCCCCCAACAUAGCCAGCAACAUGGAGGAACAGCAUAGGCUCGUAGGAAGACGCGCCAGCAACAUCAUACUCCGCCAGCAAUAA